UAAUGUUUCCUCUACUAUAUCAGAACAACAACUUCCGGUCUAUGCCUACAAUUUCCUGUGUUUGCGUUCCACCACCACAACUACUUCCUGGUUACCUAAAUGUUUACUUUGUGUGACAAAACGAUUAUAAUUUCACCUGCAUGGAGUUAUCUGCCUCCAAUCCAAAGAUAUAACUGACUUGUGAAUACAUAUUCAAACUAUUAAAAGAGUUGUGCUGGAGGAGUUAGUCGUCGGCCAUUUUGUCGUAGCCCAUAGAAGGAGGAGGGGAGGAGCUGCUGUUCUGGUGGAGCUGUGAGUCUGGAGAGUGUGUCCAGUGAGGAGGAGAUCAGCUGAAUUUAUAAGGGACCAGCUGGAAUUUUUACCAGGAAGUCAUUAUGGCGAGCCAGCCGCCCCUCAUAUUACCGGAUGGAUCCAGUAAGAGAAAUCCCCCAGAGAGAUGUCCCCGACCUCUGUAUUCCCGGGACUCUAUACGGAAGCGUCACAAGAUCUUAAAGGGCUAUCUAGGUGAAAACCUAAUUGUUGUUAAAGUUGAAGAUGAUGAUUUGUUCUUUGAUGGUGAUGACCCGUGUAAGGAGGAGGAGAUCCCUACAGAGAUCAGCACAGAUUCCAGAGAUGAAGGACAAGGAAGGAUCAAGGAGGAGGAAAUUCCUAUAGAGAUCAGCAUAGUUGGAGCUAGUGGUGGAAAUACACCAGAAAGAUGUCCCAGUCCCACUAAUUCAUUGGAAAGAGAUCCCGAACUCCCGCUGGAUUACCAGGAUGUAAAAAUUAUUAAAGUCGAAGAAGAUAAAGAUGCGGACAUGAGGAGCGAUGAGUUCUGUAAGGAGGAGGAAAUUCCUCCACAGAUCAGGACAGAUGGACGAUACAAAAGAUAUAGUAUGGAGAAAAGGUCUGUUACCUCUUCAGACAAGACAGAAGAUGAUACCACCUCUGAUUUGUCAGAAGGAAACCCUAUUACCCAGGAUCUUCAUGCAGUGCUGGUAUGUGGUUCCACCACACACAGAGGUUGCUCUUCAGAUUUGUCACCCACUCUCUCCUACCAUACAGUUCCUGUAGAGAAUGAAACUUUUCCUUGUUUUGAGUGCGGAAAAUCUUUUACCCAGGAGACAGAAUUUAGUAAGCACUGUAAAGCUCACACUGUGGAGAAGCCCUAUUCCUGUUCCAAGUGUGGAAAAUGCUUUACCCAGAAAUCAGGUCUUGUCCGUCAUCAAAGGACUCACACGGGGGAAAAGCCAUUCUCAUGUUCGGAAUGCAGGAAAUGUUUCUCCUGGAAAUCGUCUCUCAUCAUACACGAGAAGGUUCACACAGGGGAGAAGCCUUAUUCAUGUUCAGAGUGUGGCAAAUGCUUCAGCGAAAGAUCCAACUUGCUUAACCACGAGAGGACCCACACUUCUGAGAAGCCGUUUUACUGUUCGGAGUGUGGAGAGUGUUUCACGCGCAGGGAAACCCUUAUCUCGCACCGACGCUCUCACUCAGGGGAGAAGCCAUAUUCCUGUUCACAAUGCGGCAAAUGUUUCUCCUGGAAGUAUCAGUUCCUCAGGCAUGAGAGGAGCCACCGUGGGGAAAAGGCAUAUUCCUGUUUAGAAUGUGGGAAACGCUUCGCCGAAAGAUCAAACCUUUUCCUGCAUCAGAAGAUUCAUGCCAGUGAUCGGCCUUACUUGUGUUCUGAGUGCGGGAGAGGUUUUACUAACAAGUCGGCUCUAGUUAGACAUCAGAGGUCUCACACAGGGGAAAAGCCAUAUUCCUGCUCUCAGUGCGGCCAGUGUUUUAUCUACAGGUCUAGUCUGAUUCGACAUGAGAGAGUCCACACUGGCGAUAACCCGUAUUCAUGUUCCGAAUGUGGAAAAAGCUUUAAGAACAAAUCAAAUCUGGUAAGGCACGAGAAGGCCCACACCGGAGACCGCCCGUACUCGUGUUCUGAAUGUGGGAGAGGUUUUAUCAAUAAAUCGGAUCUGGUUGUUCAUGAGAGAAUCCACACAGGUGAUAAACCUUAUCCGUGUUCCGAAUGUGAAAGACGGUUUUCACAUAAGUCUUCGUUGGUGGCUCAUCUCGUUUCCCACAGGAGGCAAGAAAACCUGUGUCGGGACACAGCCGAGGAAGCGUAGUAGGGACUUGUUUGGCUGUUCUACAAGGAAUUUAUAGACUGGAUAUGGUUUUAUUUUACAUCUUUGAACAAUUCUUGUAUUAACCACUUAAGCCCCGGACCAUAUUGCUGCCUAAAGACCCAAGGGGUUUUUACAGUUCG